AAUUCGAGGCAUACCCUCGUCGAGUUCCCCAACGACUCUCUGCCACCCACAGCUACUACUUGGGAUCCUGCUACCGAUGGCCUUAUUGCCGCCUUUGGUCCUUCGUCUUCUAGCCCGGUCAUCGAACUCAGACGCCUAGCCAAGGAUUGUUAUUCUGCUCAUGAUGCAAAACAAAUUGCUUCAUGGGAUGCUCCCAGCCCUUUGCCAGAUAUUCCCGUGGACCAAAUCCUGUCGUUACAGUACUUUGCCGACACUGCUACUAUUUGCUUAAUCUUGGCUGGUGGCGAUAUUGUCAUUGUCAGAGAAGAGCCACUGCCUGGAGAGGAUCUCAUCGAGAUUGUUGGAUCGGUCGACGAAGGCAUUGCUGCAGCUGCAUGGUCGCCCGAUGAGGAAUUGCUGGCCAUUAGCACUCGCGCCAACACCUUGAUUCUUAUGACCCGCGAUUUUGAAAGUGUCGCCAACAUCACUCUUUCUCCCCAAGAUGUCCAAGUCUCUGCUCAUGUAUCCGUCGGAUGGGGAAAGCGCGAGACUCAGUUCCAGGGAAAGAGAGCCAAAGCCCUCAAAGAUCCUACAGUGCCAGAACAUGUUGAUGAAGGUCAACUGAGCUCUCUGGAUCAAAUGCAGACUACGAUCAGCUGGCGUGGAGACGGUGCUUAUCUGGCUGUCAACUCUGUCCAGGAUGGAAAGCGACGAAUGAUCAGAGUCUAUUCGCGAGAAGGUGUACUUGACAGUGUCGGCGAGCCCGUAGAUGGGCUUGAGGGCGCUUUGAGCUGGAGGCCUGCUGGAAACCUCAUGGCCGGUAUACAGCGUCGAUCUGACCGUGUGGACGUGGUCUUCUUCGAGCGAAACGGUUUGCGUCAUGGUGAAUUUUCUUUGCGCCUAUCUGCAGAAGAUAUGGAGAGCUGGGCUAGCUCUAUCACUCUUGCGUGGAACAGCGACUCUACUGUUCUCGCUGUUUCGUUCAAAGAUAGAGUACAACUCUGGACCAUGGGCAACUACCACUACUAUCUUAAGCAGGAGGUCUUCACCAAUGGCACAUCAGAGGCAGAAUCUCUUUCGGUCCGUACAGCUUGGCACCCGGAAAAGCCACUCUAUCUUUCUGCAUCAUCCGGUCGUAUGUCGAGAUCUCAUUCAAGCUUAAAUGCCAUGCUCUCAUACGUGUUUACCGUAUCAAAGAGCUCGUCAACACCACCACACGACCUUGGUCUUACCUCUGUCAUUGAUGGUCGUAACUUGAAGAUCACACCACUCAGAGUAGCCAAUGUACCACCGCCAAUGGCUUUUGCGGAGCUAGAACUUGGUGCCAAUGCCAUCGAUGUUGCUGUUAACCAAUCAGCAACCAAGAUUGCAGUACUUCAUCAACACGGUGUCUUCUUGUACAAGCUCGACUACAGCGUCAGACCCUUCCAGCACCCCAAGCUCUUGCGUGACGCACCGUUAGCGGAGCAGAUCCCAAGACAAGUCGCGUUCUGUGGAGAGGAUGAUAUCUCAGUCCUUUGUAGCGAGCCAAACACUCAAGCCGAUAGCGUUGUCGAGUUCAAGGUUUCUGACGAAAGUGCUUUCGACUCUGGUGAAUUGAGCUCAGGCGCGGGUUCUCUGUUCUCUGCUGUAGACUUCUCGAAUACCUGCUUCGAGGAUGCGCAUGGUGGUGUGUACGAGCUCGGUACCAGCGCUUCUUCUUCCUUACUUGCCAAAUUUCCAGUACACUGUCCCUGGACCGAGGUGUGGAGGGACGAUGAAACGACAAUUGUAUUUGGUCUCUCGGCUGGCGGCACCUUGUUUGGCUACCACAAGUCUCCAGAUGAUGAGAAGACGCAAGAGUGUCUACAAAUCCGCAAUUGCACGUCAUUCCUGACCACUCCUGCUCACCUCAUCUUCACUACGACUCAACAUCUACUCAAAUUUGUCCAUCUACACCAAGGCGACCUAGAGAUACCCCAGGACGAGCCCGAGAAGGAUGAACGUUGUCGUAGCAUCGAAAGAGGUGCAAGAUUGGUGGGCGUUAUGCCUACAGCUUUCUCUCUUGUCCUUCAAAUGCCUAGAGGCAACCUGGAAACAAUCUACCCACGCGCUUUGGUUCUCGCUGGUAUCCGCAGAAGUAUCAGUGCUAAGGACUACAAGACAGCUUUCUUUGCUUGCCGUGGCCAGAGGGUUGAUAUGAACAUUCUUCACGACUAUGCACCCCAACAGUUCAUGGCCAACGUUCUGUUGUUCUGCAAGCAACUGAAGAAGGCCGAACACAUUGAUCUGUUCCUUUCACAGCUACGGGAUGAUGAUGUUGCAGAGACUAUGUACAAGGAAACUCUUAAUGCUCCCAAACUGGGUUUGCAUGGUGAUAGUCCGACCGAGACUCAGCAGACGGCCGCCCAACCCCAAAGCUCAAAGAUCAACAGAGUCUGUGACGCUUUCUUGGACGUCUUGCGCAACCGAACAUCCACCCAUCUGCAAAAUAUCAUCACAGCGCAUGUUUGCAAGUCCCCACCUGAUCUUGACGCUGGCCUGUCCUUGAUUGCCAAAUUGCGAGAGGAACAGCCGGAUCUGGUAGAACGUGCAGUCGAGCACAUUUGUUUCCUUGCCGACGUGAACCAGCUCUACGAUCAUGCUCUUGGUCUGUAUGAUCUGGACGUUGCGUUGCUCAUUGCUCAGCAGUCACAAAAGGACCCUCGAGAGUACCUUCCGUAUGUCCAAGGCCUUGGCAAAAUGCAGCCGCUUCGGAGACAAUUCACGAUCGACCAUGACUUGAAGAAACACAACAAGGCUCUCGGUCAUCUAUUCACCAUGGAAGAGUUCGACGAGCUCAAGACAUACAUGGCCAAGCACGAGCUUUACAGUGAUGCCAUGCAUCUGUACAAAUACCAGGCUCAGCGAUUGAAUGAAAUCAUGAAGCUUAAUGCCGACUAUCUCAACAGCCGCAAUCGUUACAAAGAGGCAGGUAUCGCUUACGAAUAUCUGGGCGAGUACAGCUUGGCAUUCGAGGCUUACCGAUCUGCGAACGAGUGGCGCGAAUGUCUUUCGUCAGCUACCCUUAUACCUCUGCCCGAGGACGAGCUUGUGGCUGCAGGUGAAGCAUUCGCCGAGGCACUUACAGAGUCAAAGGAACAUUAUGAUGCAGCAACUGUUCACCUCGAUUAUCUCAAUGACAUCGAAGGCGCCGUUAAAUGCUUGUGCAAGGGUUACUACUACGCGGAAGCUAUUCGUGUCGUUGGCCUGAGACGACGCGCCGAGCUGAUCGCAUCUGUUAUUGAUCCUGGUCUUGCAGAGGGGUCCGGAACCAUGACAGAGCUUCUCGCAGAGAUGAAGGGUCAGCUCAAUGCUCAAGUGCCGCGACUUCGAGAGCUGCGACAGAAAAAGGAGGAAGAUCCACUUGCCUUCUUCGGAGGCGUCCCUGCAGACGGACCGGACAUUCCUGACAACAUCUCGCUUGCACCAACCGAAGCUACUACUUCGGCUGGUACCUUCAUGACCCGUUACACAAAUCGCAGUACCGGCACUCUUGCCUCGAACGCCACACGCAAGACGUCGAAGAACCGCCGUCGUGAAGAGCGUAAGCGAGCCAGAGGCAAGAAGGGCAGUGUGUACGAGGAAGAGUAUAUUGUCAACUCGAUAAGCCGUCUCAUCGAACGUACAAACAGCGUUAGUGAGGAGGUUUCCCGUCUGGUCGAAGGUCUGAUGAGGAGAGCGAUGAGAGAGCGUGCUGUUGCAGUAGAAAAUGCUAUGGCCGAAGUCGUCGAGCUGUGCAAGACUUGUAUACCCGAAGUGUUCCAAGUCGUGGCGGCAAAGCCAUCGAAUCCUGAGGCAGGAGAGAUGAAUGGGGAGGAUGAGGCUGGCAGGCCCAUGGCCGGUGGUCAAGCGGUCUUCUUUGAUGCCAUGGAGGCGAACCAAACCAAGCGAGAACCACCUGUAGUCAAGGUAUUCUCUGGACUUUCUUUGCUUGCU